AUGGGCGGGGAUGGGCGGGGAUGGGCGGGGCCGCACCGGGCGGGGCCGGGCUCCGCCCAGCGCGCACCGGCGGCCGCGCUCGCCUCCACCCCCGGAGCUGUCCCCGCCGGCUUCGCCCCGGCCCCCGCGACCCCCGGGGUGCGGCAGCAGCUCGUGAUCCCCCCGCCCCGCGUCCCUUCGCCUCUGGCCUCUCUGACACUCUGCAGGCUCCGCACACACCAGUGGUGCUUCAUCCUCUGCAAUGUCCUGCUCUUCCACGGGCUGCUCUUUGGGGCAGAUCUACUGGAGCAGUACUUCCUGCAGUCCCUGCCUCUCUCUUACACCGAUGCAAAGGCUCUGGAGAUCCGGGAGAGGGCCAGGAAGCUGGAUCUGGAUCCUCUGAAGGCCAACCUCUCUUACACCAGCAGCAGUGCAGUGACUUGCCCCAAGCAGGAGAUAUUUCUGCUCAUUGUUGUCUGCAGCAGCCCAGAGAACAGGACGAGGCGUAACGCCAUCAGGCAGACCUGGGGCAACGCCACGGGCUCCAGGGGCUACAGUGUGCUGACUCUGUUUGCUGUAGGAAAGGCAGCUUCAGCAAGCACCCAGCUGGAGAUCAAGGAGGAGGCUCAAAGGCACCGAGACAUUAUUGAGGGCAGUUUCAUCGACUCCCCCCAGACGCAGACACAGAAGAUGCUGAUGAGCGUGGAGUGGACGGUGACUUUCUGCCCCCGUGCCAGGUACAUCCUUCACACAGCCCAGGACGUGUUUGUGGGUGUUCCCAGCCUGGCUGGCUACCUGCUGAGCUUAGCCCAGCAGGAGGACAUCUACCUUGGCAGGGUGGUUCAUCACGGAGUGCCUGACAGGGACCCCCAGAGCCCUGCCUUUGUCCCCAUCCAUGAGUACCCCGAGGAGUUGUACCCGGAUUUCUGCCACGGCAGCGCUUUCCUCAUGUCCCAGGACGUGGCUCGCAAGGUUUACGUGGCUGCCAGGGAGGUGCCACUGGCACUGCCCCCCGCUGCCUUUGUGGGGAUCUGUGCUAAGAGAGCUGGCAUCACUGCCAGGCACAGCUCCCGCUUCGCUGGGGACAGGCACAUCAGCUACAACCCGUGCUGCUAUAAAUUCAUUUUCACCUCCUCUGACAUGAGGGAGGACGAGCUGUUUAAGGACUGGAAGGAAACAAGCGAUGGGGAGGAUUGUUCCUUACUGGAAACCUACUACAGCCUGGUGUCCUGCAAGGUUCUGACCUACAUAGAUAAGUUCAAACAGUUCAACUUGGAUAGGAUAAAAAAUGAGCUCCUUCAUUUUGUCAAUUAA